GAAGGAUAAACGCUAGAGAAAUAUGGAGAACAAAAAUACUACCACUCUUACUGAACAGAAACCAGAAUCUCCCAACUGCAAAGAGGAUUCACUUCUCCCCAUUGCUGAGAAGGGACUUUUCUUCCACGAUUCCUUCUUUGAGGAUAUUCAGAAGCAAUUUGAGACAGCCAUCGACCAAAUCCUGGAUACGUGGGGAGAAGCCAAAUCCGUGAGUGAUCUGAUGAGUAGCUACAGACAUGUAAGAGAGCGUAAUCUGCAGCAAGAGAGCCAAGUCAUGGCCUUCAGCGAAGACGACCAGAAUCACAAGGUUGUGCUGGAUGUUCAUGACUUCAAGAAUGGAGACGUUAAGGUUAGAGUGGAAGAGAAUCAAGUGGUAGUGGAAGGUCGAGUGGAAAAGGAAGAGGACGACUUCAAGUCCACGAAGAGCUUCUGCCGACGUUUCAACUUCCCAGGCAAAGUGAACAUGGAGGCUGUGAGUUCCGCAGUGUCUUCCGAUGGCGUCCUGACUAUCACGGCUCCGAAGAUUCCACAGGCAGCAUAGAAAAAAUAUAUUUCAAUAGCUGAAAUUACAGUAUACGCUAAAAGCCAAUGUAUAUGUCACUAUUUAUUGUUGAUUUGUAUAA